CUUUAUUACCUUUUCUUCACCUUUUUUUCUCUUUCUACAUUUUGACUACAAAUCAACAUAGUGCCUUAUAAGUAUAACAUUACUGGUAAUAGAGCUUACUCAAUCAACUUUGUUGCUUCUUUUUUUUUUCUUUUUGAACUGGAACUCGAUUUGGACGGCAAUGAACACAGAAAUAGAUACCAAGAUAUUGUUGACAUGCUAGGAACUAGGUGGAAGACUGGAAUGAUACUUGAUCGAUAGUCUACAGGUAGCUUACUUCGUGUAUAUGAUGGAAAGAACCCACCUUUUUGGAUAUGGAUGUCUAUUGUGUAUCAGUAACUCUCUAAAUUCUGCGCUUUCCCUAUCUCUAUUGGUCCCUGUUUUUUUUUGGUGCGUGCUAUUACUUCUCGACGAUGCGGUACAGCUGAUUGGACUCUAUUUGUCACUUGGACUUUAGCUUUAAAUGAGAUCCCCAGUAUGACAUUG